GCGGGCGCGGGGCGGGUCUGGGAGGCCUUAGCUGCGGGCGGGCGGCGGCUGCUGCAGCGGGACCCGGGAGCGGGGCCCGGCGCCGCCUGGGCCGCGGGGCGAUGUGAGCCCCAGGUGUGACCCCCAGGGAUCUAGGUGACGUCUCUGCAGACACUCUGCCAUGACACCCCACCAAGGACAAGGGGAAUAAAGUGGGAACCCUUUCCCAUGCCCCUCCCAUGGUCAGCCCCCCGAUGGCCUGGGUGAGGGCCGACAGGCUGCUCUGACACCAUGGGGAGCUGCUGUAGCUGCCUGGACAAAGACAGCGUGCCACACAACCACCCUACCAAGUUCAAGGUGACAAAUGUGGAUGAUGAAGGGGUGGAGUUGGGCUCAGGGGUGAUGGAGUUGACCCAGAGCGAGCUGGUGCUGCACCUGCACCAGCGGGAAGCUGUCCGCUGGCCCUACCUCUGCCUGCGGCGCUAUGGCUAUGACUCCAAUCUCUUCUCCUUUGAGAGUGGCCGCCGCUGUCAGACAGGCCAGGGGAUCUUUGCAUUCAAGUGCUCAAGGGCAGAGGACAUCUUCAACCUGCUGCAGGACCUCAUGCAGUGUAACAGCAUCAACGUGCUGGAGGAGCCAGUUAUCAUCACUCGGAACAGCCACCCCCCUGAGCUUGACCUGCCUCGAGGGCCCCCACAGCCCAUCGGCUACACGGUCUCCAGCUUCUCCAAUGGCUUCUCUGGCUGCCCUGGAGAGGGCCCACGGCUCUCCUCAGCUCCUCGCCGCCCCUCCACAAGCAGUCUGCCACACCCCUCGCCUGGGGAAGAGUCCACCCACACCCUCAUUGCCUCAGAUGAGCAGUCUCACACCUAUGUUAACACACCAACCGGGGAUGAGGAAAGCAGGAGUCGCCACUGUCUGCAGCCACUGCCUGAGGGCAGGGUACCCUUCCCACCACAGACACAGGUUUCCGACCAACGGGACCCACAGGUGUUACUGCAGCCAGGGCAGGUCAAGUUUGUGUUGGGCCCCACCCCUGCUCGUCGCCAGGUGAUGAAGUGCCAGAGCCUCUGCCCCAGCAUGCAAGACCCUCCCCAUCACAACAACAACAACGAGGGCCCUUCUGAGUGUCCAGCUCAGCCCAAAUGCACCUACGAGAAUGUCAGCGGGGGCCUGCAGCAAGGGGCUGGCUGGAGACUCAGCCCAGAGGACCGAGGGUGGAGCGGCCUGGCCCACCGCAGGGCCGCCCUGUUGCACUAUGAGAACCUGCCCCCACUUCCUCCUGUGUGGGAGAGCCAACAGCCGGGAGGUGAGGCCGGGGAUGAUGGGGACUCCAGGGAUGGGCUUACCCCUUCCUCCAAUGGCUUCCCUGAUGGCGAGGAGGAUGAAACCCCGCUACAGAAACCCACCAGCACCCGGGCCUCUGCCCGCAGCCACAGCAGCUUCCCUGUCCCGCUGACCCGCCGACGAGGCUCCCCAAGGGUCUUCAACUUUGAUUUCCGCCGGCCGGGCCCUGAGCCCCCAAGGCAGCUCAACUACAUCCAGGUGGAGCUCAAGGGCUGGGGCACAGCCUGUCCCAAGGGGCCCCAGAACCCCCCAGUGUCUGGAGCUCCUGGGCCCACCCCACACCCUGCUCGCAGCUCAGACUCCUAUGCCGUGAUUGACCUCAAGAAAACGGUGGCCAUGUCCAACCUGCAGAGGGCUCUGCCCCGAGAUGAUGGCACUGUCAGGAAGACUCGGCACAAUAGCACCGACCUGCCUCUGUAGACCUGGUCCUCCACAUGCCUCUGCCUACAGCAGGCGGACUCCACCUCACCCACCAGCCCAGGACUCAGCUGCUUUGCAGAAGACACUUCCCUGCAUUGCUGGAGUCCCCAAAGAUGUCAGCCACUGAGUGUCCAGUUCCCCAAGCUGGGGAGAGGAGGGAGCCAUGGUGUAAACUGUGAAGGGUUCUCAAGGUUGCAUCUCGCACCCUUCCCUAAUGUCUGGUUGUCUAGUCUGUCAGCUGUCUCUGUGUUUGUGCUUUCGGGGUUUUUUCUUUCUUUCCUUCCUUCCUUCCUUCCUUUCUUUCUUUCUUUCUUUCUUUCUCUCUUUCUUCUUCCUCUUCCUCUUCCUCUUCUUCUUCCUCCUCCUCUUCUUCCUCCUCCUCCUCCUCUUCUUUUUUGGUUGGAGUUUUGAGACAUUUUGUACCUGUUAAUUUUAUUUAUCAGUUUAUUUUUCUAUUUAUUGUUUUAAAUGUAACUUAACAUAUUUAUUAUUAAUAUAAUUAUUUUUAAAUUCUGGCUCAGU